AUGGAACAAUUCCAAUCAGAAUUAGGUGCUUUUCCACAAAAUUUCCGUGAUCUGUUGAUAGUAAUUGAUGUUCUCAAUGCUCUAACUGAUAAAACAAAGCAAAUGCGAUUUCCUGAAGCGUUUUGUGCUCAGUCACAUGUCAUUUUGGGUGAUAGUUUCCAAUUCACGCAAGAUGAUAUUGACAAAUCAAACAAUCAUUUCGACACAACUGCUGAUCUACAAUUGAUUAGUUUUAUGAACAAGGAUCCAUUAAUCAACAAUUCAUUCAGUGAUUUCAUCCUUAAUCUACCUGCCGAGCCUGUGUCAGAUUCGAUAUUCUAUAAAACCUACUCAUCCUUAUCGAAUAUUCCGGCUGUUUUUGUACAAACCCGUGCAAAACUUUUCUGUCAACUCAACAUAUUUGUCGAAAAAGUUCAAUCAAUGAUUGACUUCAGUUUAUCGCCAGAACAGAGUAUUCUAUCAGAUAAAAUUCGAACAAUCAGAGCCUAUCUAUUAUACAAAACAAAAUUUCAAUUGUUGAACGAAUCCCUAGAAAAAACAGACACAAAAUACACUUAUGAUUUGCAGCAAGUCAACUUUGAUACAGUUAAAGCCAAUGUUGGUGGCGGCAGCGGUGAAAAUACUAUGUUCAAUCAAGCUUACCAGCAAUUGCAUGAAAAUGCUCAUAUAACGUUUCGACGAAGCAACGAACAACUAUGGAAUGCAGUAUACGUUGGAAUGUACAGCAGUGAUGCAGGCGGACCUUAUCGCGAUUCAGUAACGCAUAUUUGUUCGGAUAUAUGUAGUACACGACUACCGUUGUUUAUUUUGUGUCCAAACGGACGAACGAACAGUGGUUUGAAUCGUGACCGUUGGAUUCCGAAUAUAUUUCCGCCAAAUAAACCGAUUCCAAAAAUGUUCAAAAAGCACUAUCGAUUCGUCGGACAAUUGAUGGGCAUGGCGAUACGUAGGAAACAUUAUUUGGACUUGAAGUUUCCCAUUCUACUUUGGAAACAAUUGGUAAGGGAACAGGUGACUAUGGAAGAUGUUGAAGCCAUUGAUAUACAAAGUUUUACAAUUAUCAAUGAAAUGGAGAAGAAUAUAACACAAAAUCAGUCAACCGACACCAACAUUGACAUCAAUUAUCUGUUCAGUAGUAUCAUGAGUGAACUCCGAUUUGAUGUUGUGAGCUCAGCUGGACAAACUUAUGAACUCGUUCCUGGUGGUAUGGAAAUUCCGAUUACGGCUGCAAAUUUCAAAGAAUACUGUACAUAUUAUCGUGAAUAUCGCCUAAAUGAAUUUUGUCGACAAAUUGAAUUUAUUCGUCAAGGCUUGUGGAGUAUCGUUCCAUGUAAUUUUUUGAGUCUGUUUACAGCCAGUGAACUGGAAGAAGCCGUAUGUGGAAAAGGACAGUUCGAUGUGGAACUGUUAAAACGAAACACUUAUUACGAUAGCGAUAAUAGUCAAGAUUUACCGCACAUUCAACGGUUUUGGACAGUUCUAAGUGAAAUGUUCAAUGAUGAACAGAAGAAAUCAUUUUUAACAUUCGUUUGGGGAAGAAGUACAUUACCAAGCCGAGAUGAAGAUUUUACAUCUAAAUUUAAGAUUAAUGCAUACUAUACAUCCAGUGGUGAAGUGGAUAAAGCACUUCCUCGUAAGUAG